GCAAAGCAUGACGUGACCGACUUGGCUUUGUCAACAUUUGGCCAUGCAGGAGGGAGGUACGGAGGGAAAACACUGGCCAAUGGGAGCCGGGAGACACAUGACAGGCACAUGACAGGGGAGGCAGGGAGAGCAGGCCGGAUGGUCACGUCAUUGUGUGGCACCCACCCCCUUUUUCAUAGGGCAGAGAGCCCACAGUUCUCUAUAUUCUAUAUUCCCCUUGGUAGCUGAACAGAGAUCAGUGAGCAGAUAUUUGCAAUGGUCCUUCUCGUUUUCUUAUUUACCUAUUGAGAUGGAGUAGGUUGUCGUUAGGUUGACAGUGUUCCCAGACUCCUCUCGCAAUGCCCAUAAACGUAGACAUUUCGGCUUUGCUUUCCUGCACUAAUUACAUAUGAGCCCCAGGUCCUGUAGGCCGGGAGAAACUGAAGAAUGUUGAGUGUCAGUUCACAGAGCUGUUUACUGUGCAUGAGGGGGGAGUGUGUGGGAAGUGAAUGCUGCAGGCCCUGCCAUUGGCUGGUGCAGUGAGUGGGAGGGGGGCAAAAUGAAAGGGUGUCUGUGUUGGCCUAUCAGAGACAAGGGCUGGCGGGACCAUGUGUGGGCUGCAAGGCUGCUGAGGAGAAUGAGAAUGGAUGUUUAUCCAAAGACUCAAAUACCAAAAAAAAAAAAACAUGAAGUAAGUUGUUGGAGUUUAUCGGACCAACGUGUGCGGAUUAUUUCAAAAGAGAGGAAAUGGCAGACCCCGGACCAACUGGAUUAAGGAUUUGUGGAUCAAUUCUGUGGCAGUUGGAUUAGAUGCCAUAUAUUCUCAUUACCCGGAUUAAGACAGUCACGUGUGCUGUGCUUGACAAUGUUUCCAUUCAUUUCAUGCUGUCAGAAUGACAUUGUUUAAUCCGGUUUGCAUUAAUUUGGAAAUGAAUCAUGUUCGCAGAUGUUGGAUUAUCAAACCUGGAUGCGUGAGGGCCCUCUUAAAUCUGACGUGACCUCGUAUUUUUCAUCAGUUCAUGUGGAUUUUUCACGUAGUCUUUGCGUCAUCAGGAUCAGACGGUUUGUUUCAGAUCUGGCGCAACAAACUUGCACUGCUGACUUCUCUUGAACCGAGGCCACCGCUGGACCGUAUUUCACCUGGAUACUUGGAUCUCACUUUCUCAUAACGUUGGAUUACCGGAGUUGGCCAGUAUUCCGUAAAGAGGGUUUUGACCGGUGACACGGAAAGCUCGGUUGCAUGUGGCGCAUUCCAAAGGGGGCUGACCAGAUCUCCACAGUGCAUUACGAAUGCGUGCUCCCCAGUGUUUGUGUGCAUGUAAUGUGCGUGUGUGAGAUUUCGGAGCAUCCCCAACCUGCUACAACUGCUUUCGCAUCCUGCCUCUUUGCUGUCUCUCGCUUUCUCCUGUCAUUCUCACCAUUCGCGUGCCCUGUCUCUGUCUGCUAUCGCCUGUGGUGAACCAGAUUCACACUCUGCUUCUCGGUUGAUCAUUGCUCACAAAUCCAGGUUCAAUUUCCGCGAUUCACUCCCACACAAAGCUCAGAGUUGCAUCAAGACUACUUUAUCCUCAAUUUGUUGUAUUGUGUCAUCAAAACAAUUGUGCUUGCCAUAAAUUGUUGCACAGCUGAUAAUAAUGUCAGUAUCUUUAAGAAUUAUGUAAAUUACAAUGUGAUACAACUACUUCAUAUUAAUAUUUGUGAAUAGUUGUAUGAAUAAUCCAAAGUCUCAAAUACAAAGAAAUGAUGAAGUAAAUUGCUGGAGUUUAUCAGACCAACGUGUGUAGAUCAUUUCAAAAGAGAGGAAAUGGCAGACCCCGGACCAGCUGGAUUAAGGAUUUGUGGAUCAAUUCUGUGGCAGUUGGAUUAGAUGCCAUAUAUUCUCAUUACCUGGAUUAAGACGGUCACAUAUACUGUGCUUGACAAUGUUUCCAUUUUUUUCAUCAUGUCAGAAUGACGGUUUAAUCUGGUUUGCAUUAUUUUGAAUUUAUAUUUGUGAAUAGUUCUAUGAAUAAUCUAUUUUAUGAGCAGUGAGAAGGUCUUGGUGUGUGCAAGUGGCAAUCAGUGUGCAAAAGCUUGGUUUUUUUAGCUAAUUUUUCUUCUGGUAAGCAGACAGCAUUUUAGAAAGUGGGUUACCAUAGACGGAAAUAGAAAUAGACAUGCUGGUCUUCUGAGGAAGCGUUAUGCAAACCACAUACUUUGAGAUAUGUGGGGAAACUGUGAACUGUAACUUCCUCAUUGAGUCGGCUUGAGUAACCCUGAGCUUUUACACUCAUGUUUGUCAGUGUGAAGAAAAUUGUCUCAGCGUUCGAGACCCGCCGCCAACCUCGGCCCCUGUCUCUCCCGCCUUCCCUCCCCCAGUCCUUCCCUUCUAAGCUCUCUCCCCACAAGAGCCCCAAAAAUGGCUCCCGGCUCCCAUCAGCCAGUUCUACUUCUCCGGCGUGCAUCCACACCAACCCGAGCCCUCACUUGUCCCCGCCCCUCUCCCGCUCAUCCUCCGCCCCUUCUUCCCCCACCCUCAGGAGAACUGCUUGCUUUUCCGUCUCUCCCUCUGGCACAAAUAUUCCCCCCGUCGUCCUUCGCUCCUCCCACCCAAACCUACACCUUGCCUCUCACAAGAUGCCCUCGGUGCUCCACCACGCGCCCCCCGCUCUGCCCAGCUGGCCUCGACACCCCGUCACUCCCCCCCCUUUGCCCCGCCAGCUGAAGCUGCCCAGGGGGGCGGACUGGCAGCGGGAGGAGGGGCUAGGCUCGGGCCGUGCCGGGGGCGGUGUCCGUAGCUCCUGGCCCAGCAGUCGCACGGAGCUCUGCGGCUGCGGUAGGCAGAGGUGCUCCGAGGUCACGGAGAGAAGCAGCCCGUCCAGCUCCGUUUCCUGUGAGAGAACAGGACAGGCGAGCUGCUGGGAGUCUCUGCCGAAUCCUCGCUCCCCUGGGGGCCCUUCGGUCAGCCACACUCAGGCUGCCUUCGGUAAAACAGCCAGAGGUGCCCCAGGGGACAGAGACACUAGCUCUGCCUGCGUCAACAGACUCAAGACACCUGCCCUGCCCUCACCCAUACCCCUCUCUGGACCGAUGGCCAUGCCCAGGAAACAGAGCCAGAUUCACAGUCCCACUUUGACCAGGAAGUACGCUCUCUCAGUCCCCAGUCAGCCAGUCACAGACCUUGGCCUGAAGCCUCAGCCUUAUGGAACCCACAGCCCAGAUCCCAGUGCUGAGAGAGGCCUGGCCACCUUCACUCCCAUUAAAACAGGAGUACUCUGUCCACCUUUCCUAGAUUCUGCUCAGACCCAAAGCCGAGGUCUUGCUGAUAGAGUGGAAACUGAUAGAGCGCCUUGUUUUGGUUCAAACAUACAUCAAUCACAGGACCGUUCUGCUUGUCCUAGUUUCAGGGCACAAGGCUGUUAUUGGAGCUGCAGUCCCAUAGACACAUGUGACCGUCAGACCCAAACUACAAACAAUGCCCAAAAGGACUGUGAUCUCACUAUAUAUCAGACUGGGUCUGUUGGACACUCGCUCACAUCAAAGGAGGUCCAAACUGUGAAUGUCUGUUCUGCUGUCAGUUCAGCCCAGUUGUUCUCCAGGGUGGCACAAAAUCCCAUUCAGAUCAGUGCUCCCAGUCCUUCCCAAAGCCCCGGUCUGAAUUCAUCUGGCACCAGCAGCACUGCGGACACUGGUCCGAACUCUGAAUCAUGGGCUGGGUCUGCUUCUUUCAGGGAUGGUCAUAACUGCAGCAGUGGUGCUUUUCAAGCUCAAGACCAUAAUGGGAAUAAAGUGUGUUUGCCGAGUAGUGCAGUUAACCUGGGGUCGCUGAACAACACAGUGGGGAGCCGUGACUGUGUCGUGUCACAUGACCUCAAAGUGGGCACAUCUCCAGCCGCAUCAGAACUGAGCUCAUCCAUCACCAGCAGUCAUCCCACAGCAAACCCUGCAGCAUCUGUGACUGAGGCUGCUGUACAGAGACCCUUCCACACUACUGCUUCUAGGACUACCUUACAGGGUCCCAUGCACACUAGCAUUGCUUCUGGGGCUGCUGUACAGGGUCCAAUACACACUACUACCUUUGGAGCUGCCUUACAGGGUCCCAUUCAUACUACUGCCAUUGGGUCUGCUGUACAGCCUCUUGAUCAUACUACUGCCUCUACAGCUGCCUUACAGGGUCCCAUUCACACUAGUAUUGCUUGUGGGUCUGCUGUACAGGGUCCUGUUCACACUACUGCCUGUGGGUCUGCUGUACAGGGUCCAGUUCACACUACUGCCUGUGGGUCUGCUGUACAGCUUCCUGUUCACACUACUGCCUGUGGGUCUGCUGAACAGCUUCCUGUUCACACUACUGCCCGUGGGUCUGCUGUACAGCUUCCUGUUCACACUACUGCCUGUGGGUCUGCUGUACAGGGUCCUGUUCACACUGCUGCCUGUGGGUCUGCUGAACAGGGUUCCAGUACUACUGCAGUGCAGGGUGAUAUCAGAGGAGUACGCACUCCAGCCCCUCCAAAAACAUCAGCGCCAUUCCCUGAUGGUGCUGAGAACUUGCUCCAUCCCCCCGAGGUAAAGCCACACGCGGGAGGACCUGAACCCAAAGAACCAAAGCCGGUGCCGGUGACCCUGACCCGGAAUUCAGACAAGGCAUUUCUGUCCCUGCUGCUGUUCAUUCAUAGUGGCUCUAGUAACAGCAUGAUUGCAAUCGACAACAAGAUUGAACAGGCCAUGGACCUGGUGAAGACUCACCUGAUGAUGGCAGUGCGGGAGGAGGUGGAGGUGCUGAGGGAGCAGAUCAAGGAGCUGUCCGAGAGGAACGCGCAGCUGGAGCGAGAGAACUACAUCCUGCGGGCCCUGAGAGAGAGAGACUGAAGGGUCGGGACUAGAGGCUGGGACAGCCCGAUGAGAAGGGUUCCCCCGGGGGAGCGAAGAGAUAAGAGAAAUAUGAAAGACUUUGUGUACUUCCAUUGCUCGUUUUGGACGUUGGCAGCACGUAGUUGCAUGUCACUCAGGGGUUUAUGGGAGAUUGAGUACAACAAUUACGUGCAAUGUCUGGAUUCAUGCAGAAUUAAAACAAGGAUGGGUAAAGAGCAAAAAUAAAAAGUACGUUGGAAGAGAGUGGGGCAGAAUAGAGGGAGAGGCUUUGAGUAGAAAAAAAGAGGAAUGUGCAAACCAGGCGUGGAAAAUCUGGGGGGAGAAAUCAUUUAUUAGAUUAGACUACUCUACUGAUCUAAUAACAAUAAUAACAAUAAUAAUAAUAAUAAUAACACAGUUUAUUUGUGAAUAUUUGUGAAAGGCUUUUCCCUUGCUCAUACCGCUGCAUAGCACAUAAAAGCAAACAAUGUAAAUUGUAGAAAAAGGAAAAAAAACUAAAAGAUAAGAACAAAGGUAAAUUAAUAAAUGCAGUAUAUUCAUAGGGGACAGAUGACAGAAAUCAGAUCACUGUGAGCAGAAAGAGUAUAAUACAUAAACCAUCCCAAUCUUAUAGCACAGAGCCCUCCCCCCUCUCUUGCACACACAAAACCAGCAGCUGGAGACUCAUAAUUAACACCCACAAAGCAAAAUUAAUAGUAUAAUCAUGAUGAUGGUUUCAGUAAUUCAUAUAAUAAUGACUUUGAUGAUGAUUAUGAUAAUGAUGAAAAUAAUAUUAGUUAUAAGAAUUCUCUGAGUGUGCCAGCUUAAAAAAUGUACACUUGUUAAUUUAUUAUUGUGUUUCUGUUAUGGGUUGUACUAUAAUAGUAAGGACAGGCCUUUGUGGUGGUUUACCUUGGACUUGUCAAUUUUUAAUGUUUAAUUUUUCCUUCAUGGGUUCUCAAAUUGCCCUGUUUUACUUUUCCUGUACAAUAUAUAUUUCCAUCACCAGAAGGUUCCAAAGUAUGUAUAUUUUUAUCUUUGAAGUGUCAUAAAGCCAUAUAUCAGAACAGGGCGACCCCAGGCCUGGCCAGGUUGAGGGUGUUUCUUUGUUGCAUUUGCACUCAUGAAAUGUUCAAAAGAAAUGGUGAUAAGAUGCCUUAAAGUGCACUGCUUGCUUUUUCCGUGUUAAAGCUGAGCCUUGAAAAUGCUACUACAUUAACAGACUGCUGUCAAUUAUGACGGCGACGUUUAUACUUUCCUUUCAGGUUUUUAUUUUUUUUAUUUUUUAGCGAACUCUGAAAUAGUGAGGAUUCUUGAGUGGAGUAGAGUGAUUUGAGGGGGCUUGUUUGGUUCAACCACUUUCAAUCUCUUUCCGAUCACACGAUGGUACACCAGCACUCCUUUCUCUGAGGGUGUCCGAGAUACGUCCCCUGUUAUUCAUAUUCUCGCAACGUUUCUGCAACACACCGCCAGUGUUAAAGAGAAUGGAAAAAAACUAUAGGCACUGCACUGCAGUAUUCUCUGUGACAGAGACAAACAUAUGGGCGCACAGCACUUCUCAUAUGGCCAUUGUAUUAUUUAUGUAACCUUUUCCACCUGAUUGUUUAUUUAAAGGGUUAUUGUGCAGCUUUGAGGAAGAAGUCUUGCAUGAUUUGAGAGCCAAAUUGGGUGUGUCGGUACUUGGAUCAGCCAUGCCGCACUUCUCUGUGCAGGUGAUAAAAGCAAUCUGUGAACCAACUUUUACUGCAGUCAUGACAUGCGUCAUGCCAUGAAAACAUUAAUAAACAGAAAUGGCACAGUGGUUCAGCCGGUUUUCCUGUACUAGGGGGGACAGUGGAUGAUUAGAAUUAUGCGGUACUGUAUGUGGUUUUCAAUUCAGUAGAUUGUAGGUGCCAACAGUGCACCCCUCUAAAUGUUACAUGGGUCAGUAGGACUACUCCAGGGUGUUCUAGGGCAUUCAAGGUCUAAUGCUCUGUUACUUUUUCUGAAGUUUCAGCUGAUUAAGGGCAAUGUCACACUUUGCUCUGUAAAUUCAGUUGACAGCAUGGUAUAUGGUACUGAUUAUCCGGAGCGGGAACAUUAGUUAGUUUAAAAAAACAUACUUGAGAGCAACAAGUUAUUCAUUUUAUUGAAGGUCUCAGAAUUCAACCAGGGUCUAGAGGCUGUCUGCUCUGAUGAAAAACACUGUUUGCUACUGAAAGAAUGUACAUCCUUGUGAAACCGGACUACUCCAAAAAACAUAUACACAGAUUUGCUCCAGUACUAUUCAUGUAUUGCUACCUUUAUUGUAAGACAUCCACAAAAGUUUUUUUUCUUUCUCCAGACUUGAGAUGUCAGUUGCGGUUCAUUAUUUUUUCUUAGGCCGACAGGAUGUGCAUUGUCUCUGUCUGUUACAGUAUUUCUAUUUUAUUUACUUUUUAUCCUACUGUUCUGCUCUUUUUUUUCUUUUUUUUUUUGAAGUAUACUUUCUAAAAGUGGUGGUGUAAAGUAUUAAUUAUUGGUAAUUGUGUACCAAAUGGAAAAAAGGAUCAAUCUAAUAAAUAACUUUUACUAAA